AUCAUUUUUCAAUUGAUAGGUAACACGACUCUUAUGUGGAGCUUUCAUCCUCGCUGUACGAGUUAGUCAUACCAUGUGCGAUGCGUUCGGAUAUGUACAAUUUUUCACAGCAUUGAGUGAAAUGGCAAAAGGCGCAUCCACACCAUCGACGUUGCCUGUUUGGCAAAGAGAGUUGCUUUGUGCAAGAGACCCGCCUCGCAUGACAUGCAUUCAUCACGAGUAUGACAAAGUGGCAGACACCGAUGGUAUAACCAUCCCAUUGGAAAACAUGGAAACUAGGUCAUUUUUCUUUGGACCAACUGAGAUUUCCGCCAUUCGUAGGUUACUUCCAACACACCUGAAACGUUGUACCACAUUUGAGGUCCUAACAGCUUGUCUUUGGCGUUGUCGUACAAUCGCACUCCAACCAAACCCUGAUGAUGAAAUGCGCAUGAUGACCAUUGUCAACGCACGUUUAAAGUUCAACCCUCGGAUCCCCGUAGGAUACUAUGGAAAUGUUUUCGCCUACCCGGCUGCCAUUUCCAAAGCUCGAGACCUAUGUAACAAACCGCUAGGACACGCUUUGGAGCUUGUGAUGAAAGCCAAAUCUGAAGUCACCGAAGAGUACCUGAAAUCCGUCGCAGAUCUGAUGGUAAUCAAAGGACGACCCAACUUCACAACUGUUGGAAGCUAUAUCGUGUCAGACGUGACACGUUCUGGAUUACUUGAAAUUGAUUUCGGGUGGGGAAACGCGGUCUAUGCCGGGCCUGAUUACCAUGUUGCUGGUUUCUAUACACGUCGUAUAAAUCAUAAGGGUGAGUCUGGAAUCGUGGUACCCAUAUGGUUGCCGUGUGUUGCUAUGAAGAGAUUCGCCAAAGAGCUAGAUAUAAUGUUGGCGCGAGACGAUAAUGAUGAUCAUGUUAACCAGGAACACGUACUCGCUCAUGCCAAACUAUAGUUUCCUUGUUAUGACUCGAUAUUUGAUCAUGGCAUCAUGCAAUAUGCUUUUUAGACGUGUUUUUGUUAAUAGAACUGUUAGAAGUUUAUAUGUAUGGACUAAAUAAUUGUAAGAUGUGGUGUAUUGUAUUGUAUGGUCUUAUUUCUAAAUAAUCA